AUGACAGCUAUGGAAGCCACGCAGGAGAUCUUCCACAUGGCCGGACGACGGAAAGAGCUUCGCCUAACCCUCCAGUUGUCCAGCCUCGUGGUGUGUCUCUGUCAGUCAGAGCAGCACGAUUCCUCACAAGAGCAAAUUUCAAUUACUGGGGAGGCGUGCUGCUUGCCGUGGCUCCCGCCGCCACCUCCACCUGUCAAGCCGCCCACCUUCAUGCGCAGGCACACUGCCCAGGAGGAGAGCAGCAAGAAGCCAGUGCCCGGAGGAUCCAAUGAUACAUCCUGUAGCUGUGCUCCAGGUCCUCCUGGUCCAUCCGGUCCCCCGGGCCCACAGGGCCCACCAGGGUUUGGGACUACAGGCUCUGUUGGAUCAAAGGGAGACAAGGGUCAGCCAGGCAAACGAGGACGACAGGGGCAGCCAGGUGCAGAUGGAUUUCAAGGUUUACAGGGCUCUCCGGGAGAAACGGGUCCACCAGGACCAAGAGGACCUGAGGGUAACAAGGGCGAUGCUGGGCUGCUGGGGAUGCCAGGCGCUCGGGGUCCUCAGGGUCUAAAGGGAGAGCCGGGGCUUAAAGGAGAUACGGGUGUUGGGGAAAAAGGGGAUCAUGGGAUUCAGGGAGAAAAGGGAAGCACAGGGGUGCAUGGGAUGAUUGGACCGAAGGGCGAUGGGGGGCCCAAGGGGGACGAUGGACCUCCAGGACGAAGGGGUCCCAUGGGCAAACCUGGGAAGCGUGGCAAACACGGCUCCAAGGGAGACUUGGGCCCACGUGGGCCCCCAGGAAACCAAGGGUCCCCAGGCCCUCCCGGCAUCUCUGGCCCCUUAAUGAAGGCAGAUGGUGGUCAGAUGCACGGGAGAAAGGGAGAGCGAGGGCCUCAAGGACAGCCUGGACCACCAGGAAAGUGCCUGUGUCCUCAUCUGAACCCCAAGACUCAAAAUCCAAUGGUUCAAUCAGGUGUACAACCUUUUCCUACAUUACCAACUGUGUAUGUAGUAAAAGAUCAAGAGGAGCUGGAUCAAUUUAAUGUACCAAGUACAAUUGUCUUUCGCCGGGACAUUCGCUCACUUUUCUUCAAGGAACCAACAGGCUGGGUGCCUAUCCAGCUGGCUCCUCCACAUUUCACGGGCUACUGUGGAGAUGGGACGGUGCAGGAAGAAAAUGGAGAAGAAUGUGAUGAUGGAAAUGAUGUCAGCUCUGACACCUGCAUAGGCUGCAAGAAGUCAUUCUGUGGCGAUGGCCACCAGCAAGAAGGAGAGGAGGAGUGUGACAAAGAGGACUUUGACUUCCACACCUGUGGGACUUAUCUUCCUGGAUCCUAUGGACAAUUAAGAUGUACUAUUUACUGUCGCAUAGACUCAACCAACUGCCGGUUCUUCACGUGAUGACAGUUUUAAUCAACAAAAGCGUCAUUAUUCUAUGUGUCAGUACAUGGUGCUGUGUGCCAAAAAAAUUCGAAUAAGUAAUUCGUCAUUUUAAGUGCAUGUCAAAUGCAAGUCUGGAGCACUACACUUCCUGCGAAGGUGAAUAGAGUAAUUCCGUUUAUUUAUCUGCGUAUGCUAUACGGGCUCUCAUUCACUCAGGAAAAAAAGUACUUAAUCCGAUUUUCUAAAAUUGUAAAUGUGCAUUCAUGUCUGUAUUCUGUGUUAUAUGACUUUCAAGGAUGAAAUCGUGUGAAACAGUUUUCUCAUAAAAGGUGUAAAGUGAUUCUCCACAUAUGACUUGAAAAGAGAAACGUACAUUACAUGUUUACAAAGAACAAACCUUAAUUCCACCAUACACUCUGGCUUUAAUCAACAUAUCAGACUAUCCAUUGCACUAUAUUCGUUAAGCAUUCUGUUAAUUUUCUGUGUCCAAUUAUGACCAAUCCCUGGCACAAUUCAACCGAGAUGGACAAAAUAAGGUCAUACUAUCUUAAUUAUCUCCAGCAACAGUGUCCAUUAAACUCUAACGCGGAAAAGAUGAAUAAUCAUGUUUAAUAAGUGAUACCUUUGAAAGCGAAAGAUGUAUUUAUUAAAAAAAUAAUGAUGAUGAGUAAACGAAGUAGUAUAGUGAGGGAAAAAAGUAUUUGAUCCCUUGCUGAUUUUGUAUGUUUGCCCACUGACAAAGAAAUGAUCAGUCUAUAAUUUUAAUGGUAGGUUUAUUUGAACAGUGAGAGACAGAAUAACAACAACAAAAUCCAGAAAAACGCAUGUCAAAAAUGUUAUAAAUUGAUUGGCAUUUUAAUGAGGGAAAUAAGUAUUUGACCCCCUCUUAAUCAGAAAGAUUUCUGGCUCCCAGGUGUCUUUUAUACAGGUAACGAGCCGAGAUUAGGAGCACACUCUUAAAGGGAGUGCUCCUAAUCUCAGCUUGUUACCUGUAUAAAAGACACCUGUUCACAGAAGCAAUCAAUCAAUCAGAUUCCAAACUCUCCACCAUGGCCAAGACCAAAGAGCUCUCCAAGGAUGUCAGGGACAAGAUUGUAGACAUACACAAGGCUGGAAUGGGCUACAAGACCAUCGCCAAGCAGCUUGGUGAGAAGGUGACAACAGUUGGUGUGAUUAUUCGCAAAUGGAAGAAACACAAAAGAACUGUCAAUUUCCCUCGGCCUGGGGUUCCAUGCAAGAUCUCACCUCGUGGAGUUGCAAUGAUCAUGAGAACGGUGAGGAAUCAGCCCAUAACUACACGGGAGGAUCUAGUCAAUGAUCUCAAGGCAGCUGGGAUCAUAGUCAGCAAGAAAACAGUUGGUAACACACUACGCCGUGAAGGACUGAAAUCCUGCAGUGCCCGCAAGGUCCCCCUGCUCAAUAAAGCACAUAUACAUGCCCGUCUGAAGUUUUCCAAUGAACAUCUGAAUGAUUCAGAGGACAACUGGGUGAAAGUGUUGUGGUAAGAUGAGACCAAAAUGGAGUUCUUUGGCAUCAACUCAACUCGCCGUGUUUGGAGGAGGAGGAAUGCUGCCUAUGACCCCAAGAACACCAUCCCCACCCUGUCAAACAUGGAGGUGGAAACAUUAUGCUUUGGGGGUGUUUUUCUGCUAAGGGGACAGGACAACUUCACCGCAUCAAAGGGACGAUGGACGGGGCCAUGUACCGUCAAAUCUUGUGUGAGAACCUCCUUCCCUCAGCCAGGGCAUUGAAAAUAGGUCGUGGAUGGGUAUUCCAGCAUGACAAUGACUCAAAACACACGGCCAAGGCAACAAAGGAGUGGCUCAAGAAGAAGCACAUUAAGGUCCUGGAGUGGCCUAGCCAGUCUUCAGACCUUAAUCCCAUAGAAAAUCGGUGGAGGGAGCUGAAGGUUCGAGUUGCCAAACGUCAGCCUCGAAACCUUAAUGACUUGGAGAAGAUCUGCAAAGAGUGGGACAAAAUCUCUCCUGAGAUGUGUACAAACAUGGUGGCCAACUACAAGAAACGUCUGACCUCUGUGAUUGCCAACAAGGGUUUUGCCACCAAGUACUAAGUCAUGUUUUGCAGAGGGGUAAAAUACUUAUUUCCCUCAUUAAAAUGCAAAUCAAUUUAUAAAAAAAUUUACAUGCGUUUUUCUGGAUUUUGUUGUUGUUAUUAUUCUGUCUAUCACUGUUCAAAUAAACCUCCCAUUAAAAUUAUAGACUGAUCAUUUCUUUGUCAGUGGGCAAACGUACAAAAUCAGCAGAGAAUCAAAUACUUUUUUCCCUCACUGUAGCUAACAUUGUAAACAUAGCAUGAUUGAUCUGCAGUGUGUCACUUUCAAGUAUUUAAUUGUACUCAAUAGAGUAUGGGUGUUAGAACGUGAUGUAAUUACAAAUGUAAAUUGUAUGUUUUUACUGUAUUGUAAUGGCAAAAUGUGUCGUUUCAUUAUACAGUACGCGAACAGUAAUACCGUUUUUCAUUUCUCUAAAAAUAGCUCCAUAAAAUACUUGUUACGGGUAUAUUCAUUUUUCAGUAUUUUCUUGGUUUUUCAUUGUGCCAUUAUAUAUUUUACAUGUACACAAAUACUGUGCACGUUUCCCAAUUCAUAUUGCCCGUGUAUGUGAGCUAAUCUUGCGUGCAGAAGCAAGAUUGAUUGAGAUGGAGUGUGGCAUUGCAAGGCUGGGAGGGAUGGCAACAAUGAGGGAAGCCCUUGAUUCAGCAGUGGAUUGAUCAUGGAUGUUGAUGAUUAUUUAUCCAAAGCAAUGUAUAUGCCCGUUAUGUUAAAAAUGCACUACUAACAACUGUGAUAUCUAGCUUAACACAUUCAGAAGAAUUAAUGUGAAUCUGUACUUCACGUAGAACUAGAAAAUCGGAUUAUUAUUUUGAGCUCAUUUUAAAUGUCUUAGCUAUUUCACCACAGAAAAAAUUCAGUGAAGAUACAUUUUUAUUUUGCUUGUGUAAAAUGAUGCAAUAUGAAACGUUAUGAACUUUAAUAAUGUAAUGCAUCACAAGUGAACCAGUUUUAUAAAUGUGUCAUGACAUUUGCUCUAUUUUAAAAGUAUAUAUUUAAAAUGUAUACAUUUCAUAACUUUGUUUCCAUCUAAUGUAAUCAUGUCUAAAAUACAUACAUUACAAUGGUCAUGCUGAGUAAAAUCAUUUGCUGCACAACUGCAGUGUAUAUUUGUGUUAUGCUGUCCAUUUUACAUUGCGAGGUAAAACUGCUGUAUCAGUGGGAAGGGCCUAGAGCUGACAGGUGAAAUAUUAAUAUGGACACCGAGGCAAGCCUAUAAAAGCUAUGACUAAUGUGGGGUCCUUAUUGAUGAUGCUCUUUUCCCUUUUUUCUGUUGCUGAUCCCAUUAGAUGAUUGCUGCUCUUGAAUCGACGCACUUGCAAUGUUUAAAAAAAAAAACAUUUUUUUAGAUUUGUUGCAGUUGUCUAACUCCCAACAGUAGAAUAGGCUUGUACAUUUUUCACCAUGCACCAGCUGAAAAAAAUGCUUCUUUAUCUAGGUCAUGUAUGGUGAACUUGUUUUGCAUCGUACGUAGCUAACCAUGCUAAUCGAAGGUGCCGGGGAUGGACAACAAACUAAACACAAAAUCAGUUUUAAAGAAAUUAGUUUUCAAUUUAGAUUUAAAAGUGCAUAGCUGCAGUGGCUUCUUAAUAUCGGAAGGAAUUGCGUUCCAGGCGGCCGCAGUCAAUAAUUGUAAUCCUGCAGCUUUAACAUGGCACCGUGAAUUUGCUGGGGAUUUUAAAGUAAAAGCACAACAUUAUCUUUUCUUAAAAAUUGUAAACUAUUUGAAAACAAAAACAUGUUCAUGCACAAUCAUGAAUUCAAAGUGCAGUAAUGCAGAAAUUCUGCUGAUACUGUAUGCACAAUAACGAUGAUACACGUACAAAAUUAGUUUUUUUUUAAUGUAAGUGUUUAAUUUAGCUUUACACAAAAUAAAAAUACUGUACACGGAUAUAAUUACUGAUGAUCAAUAGCUCUCGAGGGCCAAGAAAGCCAUAGCAAAUGACAUACAAGAGACAAAUUGCUGAUCUCUCGGUUUGGUGUAAGUAGCAAAGCAACUAUAUCAUUCGGGUUGCGUUAACAUAAAUUUAAUCAAAAAAGCUAUGCUCAUGGGAGAAGGGAUGUUUUUUUGCCACUACGGCUGUUGGUGAUUCACUCCGUUGAACGUAACAGAGAGUAAGCACCACCCUGCUAAAGGCCGCACACGUGCGAGCUGACCGAUGCGUUCAAUGGUUAUGUGUCCAUGGAAAUGGCACCAGCUGGUUCCUUCCUGUGAAACCCGAACCUUGGCUCUCUAUCCAUCAUGUGUGAAAUUCACCGUCUACAAGUUCACUUGCUUGUAACACCACACAUACCUGCUUUCAAAAUAUACUAUUCACAAUUUUUUUAACAAUGCAUAUGAACAUGGCAUGUGGUUGGUGGAUUAUUUUUUUCACUUUGUUCAGGGGCUGCCCCCCCCCCCCGCGGGAUGAUGGCAAGAGUACGAGUAAGCAUUUGUAUUUUCAGCAAGGAAACAGGGAUGGAAAUAUGUAAAUAAAACCGUGGCCAAAAUUGUGUAUGGGUGUAUUCUUAGCAACAUAAACUUCCAGUUACAUAGACAAUUCAGUAU